AUGGUAGAAAAAACUGGUAAUGCAAACUGGACCGACUGGUCAAAGAAGCUAGAUGAUGCAUUGUGGGCCUAUCGAACGACAUUUAAGACACCCAUUGGCACCUCACCUUACCGGUUGGUUUUUGGUAAGGCUUGUCACUUGCCAGUGAAACUUGAACAAAAAGCCAUGUGGGCACUGAAAAAAUUAAAUCUUGACUGGACCGAAGUUGCUAAUCUAAGGAUGACACAACUCAACGAGAUGGAAGAGUUCCAUUUCCAUGCCUACGAGAAUGCAGCCAUGUAUAAAGAAAGAGUGAAGUUUGUUCAUGACAAUAAGAUUUUGAAGCAGGAAUUCAAAUCCGAUGACUUGGUCUUAUUCUUCAACUCAUGA